GCUUACUAUUGCGAAACAAAAUAUUAUUUUACUUGAUGAUGAAUAUUCAAAUUACCGAGAACUUAUAGAGAAUGUACAACGACGACUACGAAAGGAUAUCGAACUACUAGGAUUUGAAGAUGACACUGAUAUGUCAGACGCAAUUGAUUUUGUUGAUGAUAAAGGUAAUCAUAUCAUCAUUAUUGCAUCAAAAUGUGUAUAACAACCUAUAAAUAGUGACAAUAUUUCGAUUCUUGAAGGACACAGACUUUUCAAUAGAGGAGACUAUAGCGAGAUUACUGGAUACAAUACAAUGGAGAGCAGAAAAUAGGAUUGGUCGUAUGACGUAUACUUCAGUAGUUCCAGAAUUUUUUGAAAACGGAUUCGUCUUUUUCCAUAAACAGGACUUGAUCGGUCGACCUGUAGCGGUUGUUCAGAUGCGUCAUUUUCCGAAAUUUGUAGACAAGACAAAGAGUAUGUCAGAUCUUAUGCAGCCAUUUGCUUGCUUAGUGCUAGAAAUUGCAAGACAGAUUACAAGGGAUAGAACAAGAGAAAAUGAAAAGAAUGGAUCAGUACCGACAUUAGUAUCACAGAUAUCGAUCAUUAUUGACAUUGCUAAAGCUCCUUUCGUGCCAGUGGAUACAGGCCUGGUACAAGUAAUAAAGAAUAUUACAAAUGCCCGAUUUCCAGGAUUUAUAGGGUCAGUCUAUGUUGUUAACUUUGGCUGGAUGUAUCAAGGCAUUUGGCAGGUUGUGAAGCUUGUAUUGAGUGAAAAUGCCAAAGCGAGAGUCAACUUUGUUUCAAAUCAGGAAUUAAAAGAAAUUGUAGACGAAAGAAAUCUCCUGCGAGGUAAUAUGCAUAUAUAGACAUCGUAAGAUCUAUAGUAUUCACAUUAUUCAUAGUCUUGGGAGGAAAUGAUGACUAUAUCUGGAGUCUAGCAACCGACAAAACACUCG